AUGGCGACGCAGCUGCUUCGCAAGGUGUGGGGCUCCGUGCUGGCCCGCGCGGGGGCGCCGCGCGACCCGGACUCCUCCUCAGGCUCCUCCUCCUCCUCCGCCUCCUCCCCGCGCCGCCGCGGUCCGACGGCGGCGGAGUACGGCUCGCUGGGCGCGCUGGACGCGGUGGCGACGGACGUGCUGGCGCAGAUCCUGCGGCUGCUGGGCCCGGCCGACGCGGCGCGCUCCAGCGCCGUGUGCCGCGCCUGGCGCCACCUCGCGUCCGACAACGCGCUCUGGGCCUUCUUCCUCAGCCUCGGCCCCGAGCCCUGGGACCUCGUCGUCUUCGCCGAGACGCACCUCGCCUCCGGCCCCGCCGCGCCCCGCAGCGUGUACUACUCCCCGUCCGCGGCCCGCGUCCCGCCGCAGCUCUCCUUCAAGCGCAUCUACGGGCAGCGGGCGCUGGUUCCAGGCUCCAUCGUGGUCGAUGGUGGAUCAGGCUAUUGCAAGUAUGGCUGGAGCAAGUAUGCUGCGCCUUCUGGCCGCUGUGCAACUUUUUUGGAAUUCGGAAACAUUGAGUCCCCUAUGUAUGCAAGGCUACGCCACUUCUUCUCUACAAUCUAUACCAGGAUGCAUGUAAAGCCUUCUGCUCGACCAAUUGUUGUUGUCCUUCCCCUCUGCCACCCAGAUGAUACGGAGUCUGCUAGGGCCUCAAGAAAGCAAUACAAGGAGACAUUGUACUCGGUUUUAUUUGACAUGAAUGUUCCUGCUGUUUGUGCUGUUGAUCAAGCACUUCUAGCUUUGUAUGCUGCUAGACGAACCUCUGGCAUUGUUGUGAACAUUGGGUUCAAUGCCACCUCUGUCGUUCCCAUCUUCCAGGGUCGGGUGAUGCAUGAGAUAGGUAUUGAAACUGUUGGGCAAGGUGCCCUUAAACUUACUGGAUUUCUGAAGGAGCUAAUGCAACGAAGGAAUAUAUCUUUUGAGUCAUUAUACACUGUUCGAACCAUCAAGGAGAAAAUCUGUUACGUCGCAGCUGAUUAUGAAGCUGAACUAUGUAAAGACACACAAGCUUCCUGUGAGGUGGAUGGUGAAGGGUGGUUCACUCUAGCGGAAGAAAGAUUCAAGAUGGCAGAGAUCCUUUUCCAGCCCCAUAUGGGAGGAGUUGUUGCUAUGGGCUUGCAUAAAGCUGUAUCUCUAUGCAUGGAUCACUGCUACAAUGCAGAGGUGCUCGGUGAUCACAGCUGGUUCAAGACGGUAGUUUUAGCGGGUGGAUCGUCCUGCUUACCCGGUUUGCCAGAGAGGCUGGAGAAAGAGCUGCACAACCUUCUUCCCGCAUAUAUUUCAGAAGGAAUCAGAGUUCUUCCUCCUCCAUUUGGCACAGACACGGCCUGGUUUGGUGCAAAGAUGAUCGGCACUGUGAGCACUUUCCCUGAUGCAUGGUGCGUAAACAAGAAGCAGUUCCGCCAGAAGUCACGCCGCAGCGGUCCGUCUCUAGUGAACGCAUGGCAAUAGAACCUGACGCGCCACAGCUAUGAUGGGCGAAGCAAGCGAAAGAAUCAUGAGGUAGUUUUCAGAUGAUCACGUCGAAGACAUGGUACAGAGCUAUACAGCACCAGUCCUCGCAGUACAUAACAGAUACGGUUAAAUGUGCAUGAUAAAAGAUUCUGGGUAAAUAGAACACGAUAGAUUUGUUUAUGAUAUAGGGAUGCUGCAUAGCAUAAGUGAAUGCGUCGUGCAUCACUUAAUUAUUCUAUUUGUCGUUUGUGUAUACGUACAUUAUGAGAUUUUUUGUGUCGUUUUGCAAUAAUACUCCUAUGUUUUGUUUA